UCCGGACAUAUUUUAAAGUUACAACAGUGACGCACGUUGGAAUUUGUUGACAGACAACUAACCAGCGAUUGAAGGAAUACGAUCAAAUCAACACUAUGGCACAAACAGGGGUUGCUCUUGGCUUUUUGGAGGAGGCUGAACACUGGCAACUACAGAGUUAUCAGUUCCCCAGCAAAGUUGGAGGCAAACCUGCAUGGUUGAGUCAGUUGGACAUCCCAGGUCUUCCUGAGUUAGCAUGUGGGAAAUGCCAACUUCCUACCGCAUUUCUCAUGCAAGUUUACGCUCCAAUAACUGGACAGGAUAGAAGUUUUCACCGAACUCUUUUUGUAUUCUGCUGCAAGACACCAGACUGCUAUUCACGAAACGACAGCCGUUGUCUGAAAGUAUUUCGUAGCCAGUUGCCAAGGAGAAACGACUUUUAUCCCUACGAUCCUCCAUCUGAUGAAGACCCCAAUUGGACUGAGCAUGACCCCUGUGUCCACGGUUCAGGGGUUAAACUAUGCAAGCUAUGUGGCUGUCCUGGCCAAAAAGUUUGCUCUAAAUGCCAUGCAGUGUCCUACUGCAGCAAAGAACACCAGACCAUAGACUGGAAACACUGUCACAAGAAAGAGUGUUGCAAACAAGUGCCGUCCAGUGCAGUGCCUUCCCCAUUCCUGUUCCCCGAGUUGGAAUUGGUCACAGAGCCUGAGGAACAUCAGAAAGAAGAGUCUAGUCAACUGGUGGGGGAUGCACAGAAUAAUGUGGAAUGCUCCUCAGUUGACGAUUUGGCAGAGGCAGAACUUGAAAACAUGGCCAUGCAUGAAACCGAAGAUGUCAAAGUGUUCCAAAAGUUUAAACGGAGGAUUGCAUCAGAGCCACAUCAGGUUUUGCGAUAUUUCAGAGAUGGCUCUCCUCUUUGGGUUUCGUCUGAACAUGUUCCAGUGGAGAAGGGCAUCCCGCAUUGUCCCUGUGGUUCCAGGCGUAUCUUUGAAUUUCAGGUCAUGCCCCAGCUACUAAAUGAUCUGAAAGUGGACAGCCCUGAUGCCAGUAUAGACUGGGGAACCUUGGCUGUCUACACAUGUGCUGACAGCUGUGACAAAGGCAACAAGUACUCUUCUGAAUUCAUCUGGAAACAAGAUUUCACAGAACAGAAAUAAUUGUAUUAAAAUCCAAAUGUACCUAGUUAAGAAAAUAUUUUGUGGGGUUUUUGCAUAGUUAUACUGUCCCUUCAUCUCAGUUUCUCUAGGAAAGGAAAUAGCAACUAUGCAUAAACAGUCACAAUCUGUUCCAUUUCCAAACACUCAUACAUUUUGAGGAAUAUGACUUCAGGUUGUUACAUUCUUACUUUAUCACCAUAAGCAAAAGACAUGUCAUUUGUUUUGCCAUAGGACUAAUAGUUUGCAUAGUUUCAACAGGUUUAAAAACAUUCUGUAAUGCAAUGUUAUUUUUAGAGCAUUAAAGCUCAAAUUAAAACACACUUAGCAUGUUAAUGUCAUGUGACAUUGAGUCCAUUCAUUAAACUGGUCAUGCACAGUCA